UUUUUCUUUCCUUUUUUUCCUUUCUUCUCUCCUCUGUCGCGUUUUCGAAGGUCGGAGAAAGCUUUCGCAGAAGAAAAAUAAAAAAAAAAGCUAGAGAGAGAAAGAUAGAGAGAGAGAGAGUAUGGUGGUUAGGGUUUCCCGUUCGAUUUCGUUGCCUUCGGAGAGCUGAAUCUCCCGCCUCUGUAUCCGUUGCUUCCAAAACCCUAACUUUGCUUGUUCGGGCUCGAUUUGGUGUUGGAGGUGGAGAACUCAGUGAUGGGCGCCGCCCCGGAGAAGUCUCAAUCUAAUUCCAAUUCGUUGCAGAGAGUGAAGGUGUAUCAUUUGAAUGAAGAUGGUAAAUGGGAUGAUAGAGGAACUGGGCAUGUAAGCAUCGACUAUGGGGAGCGUUCUGAAGAACUCAGUCUAUGUGUAGUCGAUGAGGAAGAUAACGAAACGUUACUUGUGCAUCCUAUCAACACUGAGGAUAUUUACAGGAAGCAAGAAGACACAAUAAUUUCGUGGAGAGACCCUGAGCGCUCAACAGAAUUGGCUUUGAGCUUUCAAGAGACUGCCGGGUGCUCUUAUGUAUGGGAUCAAAUCUGCAGUAUGCAACGAAAUUUGCAUUUCGGCUCUUUGAACAGUGAAACAUUUCACAGCCUGAAUAGUGAGUUGAAGGAGCUUCCUGCUGUAGAGCUUACUACACUUCCUCUAAUACUGAAGAUUGUUACAGAGAGUGGCAUGACAGAUCAGAUGCGUCUUACUGAAAUUAUAUUGAAGGAUCAUGAUUUCUUCCGGAAUUUGAUGGGUGUGUUUAAAAUAUGUGAGGAAUUGGAAAAUGUUGAUGGUCUUCACAUGAUAUUCAAUAUCGUCAAGGGAAUCAUUCUGCUCAACAGUUCUCAGAUCCUUGAGAAAAUAUUUGGAGAUGAGCUGAUCAUGGAAAUUAUCGGAUGCCUUGAGUAUGAUCCUGGUGUUCCUCACUCGCAGCAUCACCGGAAUUUUCUGAAGGAACAUGUCGUUUUUAAGGAGGCAAUACCAAUUAAAGAUCCCUUAGUCCUGUCAAAGAUACACCAAACCUACAGAAUCGGUUACUUGAAGGAUGUUGUUUUGGCUAGAGUUGUAGAUGAUGCUAUUGUUGCAAACUUGAAUUCAGUAAUCCAUGCGAACAAUGCCAUUGUUGUUUCAUUGCUGAAGGAUGAUAGCACUUUUAUUCAAGAAUUAUUUGCAAGGUUGAAGUCACCGUCUACAUCUAUGGAAUCCAAGAAAAUUUUGGUAUAUUUCCUGCACGAAUUUUGUAGUUUAAGCAAGAGCCUCCAAGUGGUGCAGCAGCUACGGCUUUUUAGGGACCUUAUUAAUGAAGGGAUUUUUCAUGUCAUAGAGGAAGUCUUGCAGAUUCCCGACAAAAAACUCGUAUUAACUGGGGCAGAUAUCCUGAUGCUUUUCUUGGCUCAUGACCCCAACCUUUUACGUUCUUAUGUUGUUCGUACAGAAGGAACCCCCCUGCUCGGCCUCCUGUUGAAGGGAAUGACGGAAGACUUUGGUGAAAAGAUGCAUUGCCAAUUUCUAGAAAUUAUCCGAACAUUACUGGAUGCAAAUGCAUUGUCUGGUGGAGUUCAGCAGAGAGCGAAUAUCAUGGAUAUUUUCUAUGAGAAGCAUCUACCUGAGUUAGUGGAUGUUAUUACUUCCUCAUGUCCUGACAAGUCAGCCAACACAUCUGAAGGCGCAGCCGGAAGGAUCAUCACAAAGCCUGAAGUCCUACUGAACAUAUGUGAACUGCUGUGCUUUUGCAUCAUGCAAGAUUUAUCUAGAACGAGAUGCAGUUUUCUCCAAAACAACGUGACUGAAAAGGUCUUGCAUCUCACACGGAGAAAAGAAAAAUACCUAGUGGUUGCCGCUAUUCGAUUUGUCCGUACUCUCCUAUAUGUGCAUGAUGAUUAUGUCCAGAGUUACGUUGUUAAGAACAACGUUCUGAAACCGAUUAUGGAUGUCUUCGUUGCCAAUGGGAACCGGUACAAUCUACUGAACUCUGCCGUCUUGGAUCUGCUUGAGCACAUACGCAAGGGAAAUGCGACUCUGUUACUCAAAUACAUAGUUGAUACGUUCUGGGAUCAGUUGGCCCCGUUUCAGUGCUUGGCCUCCAUCCAGGCUUUCAAGCUCAAGUAUGAACAGUGCUUAGAAACUGCCAGACCGAAAAGCACAGCUGAUGCGGUUGAUCCGAGAAGAAGAGUUGAGGAGCGUGCUUUGGAUAAAGAGGAGGAAGAUUAUUUCAACGAAGAGAGCGAUGAAGAAGAUUCUGCAUCUGCUUCGAAUACACAAAAGGAAAAACCUGCUUCUAAUACAGAGAAAGAUCAAGCAGAGCCUCAUCUUUCAAAUGGAGUGGAUGCAAGCCCUUCUUCUUCUUCUUCCAGCACGAGGUCUGGAGGCUUAGUUGACUAUGAGGACGAUGAAGAUGAUGAAGACUAUAAGCCUCCUCCUCUGAGGCAGUCAGAGGAGGACGAAGACGAGCUCCUUAGCUUGAAACGCAAAUCCCCUUUGGUGGAAAGAGAACAAGAGCCAUCCAAAAAAACACGGCUGGGUAAAAGAGAAAAUGUGUUUACUGUGCUGUGCUCGACGCUGAGCCAUGCAGUGCGAACGGGCAAGAAAAGUCAAGGCACGUCUGAAUCUGCAGCCAAGGAACCUGAGGAAUCUAGAAGUAGUGAAGAGAAUACUAGAAGCAGUUCAGAUGAUGAAGGCCGUAAGGAGGAUGAUGGAGUUGCCUGUUGUGAACACGGAACAUCAUCAGACAAUGGAAAGCUGAAUGCGGAAGAAUCCGUGGUAGUAGCUCAAAAAUCAUCACCUGAGAUGGCUGUAAAUGGCCGUGCAGCCACACUAUAAAUUUUUGAAUUUUAGUAUAUUUUUAUUUGAAAUGGAAAUGUAAUAGGCCUACAAAAUGUAAGCUCAACAAGCAAACAUUCUUUUUUGUAUUUUAUGGCUUUUAUUCUGUGGGCUUAUAUUUGAAAUGGAAUCUAGUAUUUAGAUAAUUAGGCUUAUAAAUUGAGGCCUAAGACAAUGAUUA